AUGGCAAUGUUAAAUGAUGAGAUAUGGGUUGAACUUCAAAUAGGUGAAAAAAUGAAUGGAAAUAUUUUAGAGCGUAGAGAAACAAGAAAAUCAACAACUAUUAAAGAUAAUACUACUGAACAAGUAGUUGUUGUAACAAAAUCAACAUUAGCAUUGACUCCAUUAUCGCCUACAAUUUCACGAGAUUUAUGGACGAAUAAAAUUGAAUUUCUUCUUUCAGUUAUUGGCUAUGUAGUUGAUCUAGGUAACGUAUGGAGAUUUCCAUACAUGUGUUAUGAGAAUGGUGGUGGAGCAUUUCUCAUUCCAUAUAUGAUCUUUUUAUGCUUGAUUGGAAUUCCUAUGUUAUAUCUCGAAUUAUUUCUCGGUCAAUUUUAUCGUUGUGGUAAUAUAACAUUAUGGGGUCGAAUUGCUCCAGCAAUGAAAGGUAUCGGUAUAUCAUCUCUUUUAAUUGUCACGGCUGUUACUUUAUUCUAUACAACUAUUAUCGCACAUGCUUUAUUUUACCUAAUAUCAUCAUUUCAUGAAAUAAUGCCAUGGAGUUUAUGUGGAAAUUCAUGGAAUACACGUUUUUGUUCAGAACGCAUGCGUAUUCAUUAUAUACAUAAUGAAACUAUUCAACAAGUAUCUUUCAAUGAAAGUUUAUUAGAUAAUCAAGAUUUACAAGUUUCAUCUGCUGAAGAAUAUUAUAAUAUUUAUAUGUUAGGUAUAGAUCGUUCCAAAGGUUUAACAGAUUUAGGUUAUGUAAAAAUUGAUUUACUUUUCUGUCUUAUAACAAUAUUUAUUCUUAUGUAUAUUUGUAUUUGUCGUGGAGUUAAAGGCACAGGCAAAGCUGUUUAUGUUACUGCUGUAUUACCGUAUAUUGUUUUAAUAAUAUUACUUAUUCAAGGUCUUAGUUUACAAGGUUCAUAUGCUGGGAUAACUUAUUUUUUAAAACCAACAUAUGCAAAAUUAAAAGAUAUGAAGGUUUGGUAUUCAGCAGCUAAUCAAAUAUUCUUUACACUUGGUCCUGGUUUAUCAGUUUUAACAACUUAUGGUUCAUAUAAUGUAUCAACUAAUAAUUGUUAUUAUGAUGCAUUAAUUUCAGUGAUAGCAAAUUUUGCAGCAAGUUUUCUAGCUGGUUUUGUUGUUUUUUCAGCUUUAGGUCAUAUGUCCUAUCGUUUAAAUAAAAGUAUAACAACAGUUGUUGGUCAAGGAGCAAGUUUAUCAUUUAUAGCUUAUCCAGAAAUUUUAGCAACAUUUAAAUAUCCAACAUUUUUUGCCAUCUUAUUUUUUUUAAUGGUUAUCAAUUUAGGAUUAGAUAGUGAUUUUGGUGGUCUCGAAGCAAUGUAUUCAGCAUUGAGUGAUGAAUAUUCUUUAUUGAAACGUCAUAGAAAAUUAGGAAUGUUUAUUAUGUGUUGUCUCCUUAUUAUUGGUUGUUUACCAACAGU